ACAGUUUCAGGGACGCAACUCGGUGAGUGAGCUCAGCUUUUGAAUUUUUGAGCUGGGGUUUUCCUGCAGCUAGGGUUUUGGGGAAUCAAUUCUCCCAUGGACUCCGAUCAAGCUAAGCUUUUCGUCGGGGGAAUCUCUCGGGAGACGAACGAAGAGACGCUGAGAGCUCACUUCAGGAGCUACGGCACCGUUUUGGGCUCCGCCAUUGCCAGGGACCGCAGCAACCACAACCCUAGAGGGUUUGGCUUCGUCUGGUUCUCGGACAUUUCUUCAGCAGACAAAGCCCUUGAAGACCCGCACGUCAUUCUGGGCAGAACGGUAGAGGUUAAAAAAGCAAUUCCCAGACCCCGAAACCAACAUCAAAGUAGAAUGUUGAGUAGGAGUGUGGAGAGAACUCAGUUUAGAACAAAGAAAAUCUUCGUUGGCGGUUUAUCAGCAGGUUUGACAGAGGACGGAUUUAAAAAUUAUUUUGAGAAGUUUGGGAGUGUAUCAGAUGUGGUUGUGAUGCAUGACUACAAAACCCGCAGGCCCCGGGGCUUUGGUUUUAUCACCUUUGAUUCGGAGGAUUCUGUUGAGAAUGUGAUGCAGGAAAGCUUUCAUGAGUUGAAUGGUAGGUCUGUGGAGGUCAAGAGAGCUGUGCCAAAGGAGGAGAAUGGCAAUAACGAAAGCGGUUAUACUGAUUAUGCGCCCAGAUUCCCCAGAAUCUACCUUCCUUAUACUUGUAGCCCUGCUCCUACAUAUGGGGUACUUCCUUUUCCAACACCUUAUAAUGGUCUUGGGCCAUUUGCGUAUGGAACCAGUGUUUAUGGUGGUGGUUGGUACCCUUCAGUCGCAGCUCGUGGGACACCUUAUGGCAUUGCUCCAAUUGCACCUCAGCCAUGGGUGUUUCCUUAUGGAAACGCCUUAUAUCCUGGCUACAUGAGUGGUGGAGGCUUGGCGGCAGGCAGCUACAAUGGGAUCCUUGGGCCUGCUGUUUUCACCGGUGGCAAACCAAAUCAGGUUGUGUUCGGCAGUGGACUUCCACCAGUUAAUGUGAAGCCAUCUCAGGUUGAAGUGAAGAAGCUGGACGUCGAUUCUCGAUCCAGCAGUACUGCUGUCAAGAAAAAAAACUCAAAAAGGUCUUGAUGGUAACAUAAAACUUACUGUUUAUGUACACAGGAUUAUGUCGUCCCUGAUAUAAUUUCAUUCGAAAUUCAGAAAGUUAGGUUUGGAACAGAAGCAUGCAUUUGCAUGAUUUGGUUAACUUGUAAAAUUCAUUGACAUGCUAAGCAUUGUUUUCCAGUGGAAAAAAAAAUGUGAAUAGAUUUUAACCUCUUUUGUUGUAA